AUGGGGCCCCUUGGAAAGCCAGACCCCAGCUACAGAGGCACCCUGGAGAACACCUCUGAACAAGCUGGAAUGUGUUCAUCUCUCCUGUCCUGUUUUACCUGCACCCCUGCAGGCAUCACGUGCCCUCCUCCCACGUCGGUCGAACAUGCAGACAUCCAGGUCAAGAGUUACAAGGUGAGCUCCAGGGAGCGGUACACCUGUAACUCUGGCUUCAAGCGUAAAGCCGGGACAUCCAGCCUGACCGAAUGCGUGUUCAACAAGACCAUGAACGUGGCCCACUGGACAAUUCCCAAUCUCAAGUGCAUCAGAGACCCCUCCCUGACUCACCUAAGGCCAUCCUCCACAGAAGUGCCAGCAGGGGUGACCCCAGAGCCAGAGAGCACCUCCCUUUCUGGAAAAGAACCAGCUUUCACUUCCAAGUCAGACACCACAGUGGCCACCAAGCCCGAUAUUGUGCUAGACUCCAGGCCGAUGCCAUCAAAGCCUCCUGCUACAGGAACCACAGGGCCGAUCAGUCAGGAACCUUCCCAAGCCCCACCUCAGACAACGGCAAAGGCCUUGGAACGCACUCCCUCCGCCUCACAGGAGACGCCAGCGGCCAUCGCCACACCUGUCACUGUGCUCGGUGUAGUAUGCAUGGUGCUUCUUCUGGUCUGUUACCGAAAAUCCAGGCAAACUUCGCAGACACCCAGUGUUGAAAUGGAAAGCAUGGAAGAGAUGCCAAUGACUAGGGGAACCAGCGGUAGAGAGGAGGACGCAGAAAACUACCCACACGACCUGGGACACUCAGGGGGAGACUGA